CCGUCCAGAUAUCGCCCUCCUCUGGUUCCUCAUCCCGUUCAAAGCAGCGAAACACCUGAUCUGUGACCAGUACAGGUGGCUCACCAUCAAACUGUUCUCUGCCCUCCUGCUGCUGGCCAUCCUGGGACUCUUCCUCUACAGCAUGCCGGGCCGUCCAGAUAUCGCCCUCCUGUGGUUCCUCAUCCCUUUCAAAGCAGCGAAACACCUGAUCUGUGACCAGUACAGGUGGCUUACCAUCAAGAUCGUCUCUGUCCUCCUUCUGCUGGCUAUCCUGGGACUGUUCCUCUACAACAUGCCGGGGUACAUGGAGACUAUAAGACCCUCUCCUCUCCUCCCUCCUCCUCCCUCAGGUCUGUCUCCCAGGAACAGUCUGGAGGUUUUGACUCCAGAGAUCCCUGGAGAGAGGGACAGAGGAAACUGCAUCACGUCUCUGCAGCUGCACCCGAAGGGCUGGGCGGCGCUGAUCCGCUGCUCCAGCAACAUGGACGACCAGGAGUGGACAUGUGUCUACGAGUUCCAGGAAGGCGCCCCCUCCCGCCCGCUGGCCUCCCCCCGCUGCUCGCUCCGCCUCACCCACUACAUCGAGGAGGCCAACGUGGGCCGGGGCUACAUCAAGGAGCUGUGCUUCAGCCCCGACGGGCGGCUCAUCUGCUCCCCGUACGGCUACGGCGUGCGGCUGCUGGCCUUCGACGAGAGCUGCGGCGAACUGUCCGACUGCCUGCCCGUGCAGACCUCCGUGCUGAGGGAGAUCCGCUCGCUCUACUCCCACAGCGACGUGGUGCUGACCACAAAGUUCUCCCCCACGCACUGCCAGCUGGCCUCAGGGUGUCUCAGCGGCCGCGUGGCCCUCUACCAGCCCAAGUUCUAACGGAAAGAACCGCGAUCUGCAGACCUGGGGCAGAAACACUAGUCAGGGCUCAAUCAAUCAAUCAAUCCUAAAAUCUAAAAUAUGCAGAUGUCUCUUGUGCAAAGACUAGGAUUAACCAGGACUGUACGCUACUUAGUUACAAACCUUUAAAACGUGGCACAGAGUCAAAAGCACGACUUUAAACCUUGCUUUUGCAGAAGUUGCAGAAGAAGUGUAUGACUAAUCAACUUAGGAAUUAAAUUGACAAUAUUGAGUUUAAUCGCCAAUAAUUCUGCAAAAAAAAACACUUUGAUCUACUCUAGAAAUAAACCAAAACCACAAAGAAGUCACCUUGUAAGCAGCCAGCUCGAAUGUCUAAUUGUUAAUAUGGAUUUUUUUGGUAUACUGAAAGCAAAACAAUCAAGGGAUACUUCCCAAUAAAUCAAAAAUCUUUAGGAUCCCUGAAUUACAUUUCCUAGCAUUUGUUUUAAAGUGCUCAAUUGGACCCGAAGUCUGGAGUAUUUUAAAUAUUCUGCCUGAUGUGUGAUGUAAAAGGAAAUAUUUAGGUUUCUCUGCCACACAUCUCCUCAAACUCCUUCAAAAAGAUCUAAAGAUAUGAAACUAAAGUUCUUCUGAACCCAGGUCUGCAGCUGUGACACAAACUAAAGAGGAGGAAGAAGAGGAGGAGGAGGAGUGGAUUUAAACUUUAAAAACGACAUUUUUGGGGCUUUGCAAACAGACUCCUGAAAGCCCGAC